AGUUUAAACCUUUGCUUAGAAGUUGAAACUCCAAACUCCAAAUACCAUCAACAACAGUUAAGCCGAAUCAAAUCAAAAUUUCAACAAUUCUCAAUCGUAAUGUCCAGUCAAUCCUCUACGGCGUCGUAUCCGAUCCUAUUCGUUUCUUUCAAUCAAGACAACAGUGGCUUUGCUAUAAGCACGAAGGAUGGCUUCAAGAUAUUUGAUUCGAGUACAGGCAGACUCUGCUAUGAACGAGCGGUUGGAGCUUUCAUAAUUGUUGAAAUGCUAUAUAGCUCUAGUCUUCUUGCCAUUGUUGGAGCCGGUGAACAGCCAUCUUUAUCACCGCGCCGUAUCUGUUUAUUUAAUACUACAACCGGAUCUUCUCUUCGAGAAUUAAAUUUUUUAACUUCGGUCCUUGCUGUUCGCUUAAAUAAGAAAAGACUUGUGGUCGUUCUGCAAGAAAAAACAUACGUAUAUGACGUAAAUACUCUUGCAAUUUUGGACACUAUUGAUACAGUGCCUAAUAUGAAAGGACUUUGUGCAUUCUCCCCUAGUUUGGAUGCUUGCUUCUUAGCUCUACCUGCAAGUACAUCCAAAGGAUCGGUUUUGGUCUACAAUGUCAUGGAGCUCCAGUCACACUGUGAGAUCGAUGCUCAUCGCUCACUAUUGGCUGCUAUUGUCCUUUCUUCCAAUGGGAUGUACAUUGCAACGGCAUCUGAGCAGGGAACCAUAAUCAGAGUUUUUCUGGUUUCAGAAGCAACUAAGUCAUAUAGUUUCCGAAGGGGGACAUACCCAUCAACCAUAUAUUCCUUGUCAUUUGGACCAUCAGUGCAGUUUCAGGAUAUUCUUGUAGCAACAAGUUCAUCAGGUUCUGUUCAUGUUUUCUCUCUGGGUUUUGCCUUAAAUCAAAGUAGGAGUAGAAGAUCAAAUAGUUUUCUUGGAUCAAUAUUACCAGAAUCUGUAAAUGAUGUACUGGAUCCAGGUCAUCAUGAUGUACUUCAUAAUGCUUUUCCAGCAGGAGUCAAAAGCUGUGCCGUGGUUCGAAAGGUAGACAGGGUAAACGACACAUCCUCAGCUGAAUUUCUAACUUAUAGGGCCUCUAUUUCAAUAAUAACCCACAACGGAUUCUUCCAAGAAUACACCUUAGCAUCAAAAAGAACGCCAUUGACAGCGGUACGAGCCUCAUGGAGUUUGGAGCGGGAAUUCAACCUUUUGACCACAAUUGCAGACAGAUAACACUAAAACCUCAUCAUCUGAUCUCAAGUUUGAAACGCAGAAAAUUGCAUAUACAUCAAGUGUGUAGAACAAGCUCCAGCUGACACGACUCAACUGCCUGGCAACACUUCACUUAUGGUGUCGAGAACAUUGUACGUCUUUUAGCUCGCGGAAACUAAACAGACGAUGCAGACUGAAGAAGGUAAUCAUUUCAAUGUAAAUAUGUAAAUUAACUAGGGCUUAUCGUGUAUC